ACCUGCAGAUGCGGACGAUUGCCAUAUCGACAGGAGGCCUCGCAGUUCAGCAUAGGAAAACUGCUCGCCUAGUCUGCUACUGAUUAUUAGUUCUUUCUCAAGCUCCGUCCAUCUUCAUUGCAAAUUGAAUCGAUAAUCGCCGGUAAUGAUUUCAUCACCCGUCACCGGACACUACUAGCUGGCACCACGGGUACGUCGGAACAUUCACAGCACAUAUAGCUUGGGAGCAGCCACAAAGGGUCUAGGUAUCCUGUGGCUUUGAGUCCUUCUUUGCUUCUUCCCCCAGAUCUUUUCAAGACCGACCUUUCCGUCAGACCUUAUCAUGUCAGAGCUACACGAAGCGCUCGCGUGCCUCCGGCCGAAAGAGUUCAGCGACGUCCCUACCGACAACCUCGAAGCAUUCUUACCCGACAUACUGGCAAAAGCAGAACUGAUUGCCAACUCUGUGCCUCCACCACCCAAUGGAACGCCUUAUGAGUCCUCACAACGAACCCGAACCGAGCAAGAACCUGCAACGGGCUCCAAGGACCUCACAAUUUCCAAAGUACGACGGCCACCACCUGCGCCAGAGCAUGAGGAGCUACAAAAGUCAUGGGGCAAGCCCGUGAAGCUAGGAAACAAUGACGCCGCUACGGGCAUGAGCGUAUACAAGAUGGCCGGAAAGGACAGGCACGGAGCCUGGUUCUCACGCUCGAGCGUACACGAAGGCCUCGGGUUCGAGAAGUGGAAGCGCGCCAUGAAGAGGGAGUUCCCGGAGAGUCUGGAAGUCCAGGGUGGCCCCGGCGAGGGCAACAUACGAGGCAUUGGAGGCGACCAGCGGCUGGAGGAUAUGACAGUCGACGGCGUGGGCCAGCUGCAAGUCUAUCAGCUAUCCGCGCAAUUUCCUGGCCCAACCUCGCCGCGAGAGUUCAUCACCCUACUCAUUACCUCGGAUACAUGUCUUACCGAUGCUUCCAAAGUCGCCAACUCAACACCGCGACACUUCAUGGUCGUUUCCAUACCCUGUUCACAUCCCGAUGCGCCGCCGCGAAGCAACAUGGUGCGAGGCUUCUACGAAUCGAUUGAGAUGAUCAGGGAAAUACCCAUGGGCGACGGCGACGCAGAGACCAAUCCUAUCGAAUGGAUAAUGGUCACCCGCAGUGAUCCCGGUGGUGGCAUACCUCGAUUCAUGGUCGAGCGCAAUGUGCCUAGCAGUAUAGUCCAGGACGCGGUCAAAUUCCUCGACUGGGCCUGUGCAAAAGACGAUGACGUAGAGGCAGAUGUGGUGGCAGGCAAGGACGACUCCGUGCAGACACCUAAAGCGCACGACGUCGGGCGGACGUUCUCCGCAGCUGAGACCAACGGCAUGGGCGCCGGCGUAGGAACCAGCAUAGUAGACAAGACUGGAGAGGCUGGCAGCCACUACAGCCUCCAACGCACAAGAUCUGAUAGCUCCUCAAGCUCGUCGUCUUCCGGUGAUUCAUUCGCCUCUGCAGAACAGUUCACUACUACCCGCGAAGGACUUCCGAUCGACCGAGAGAUUCCGACACCAUCAACCUCGUCGCAGCAGUCCCUACCGUUAACAGAAGACAGCCCGCAUCACAAGGGCCUACAAAAGAUUGAAGAAAAGAAGGAACAGCUGAAGUCGAAACUUGAGCAAGCGCGCGAAAAGCAGGAGUCGGGGCUACAAGCUGAAAGCCAGAAGACGAAUGCGGACAUGCAAAAAGCGAAUGAGAAGCACGAGAGGGAGAAGAAGAAGCAGAAAGACAAGUACGAGAAGGAGAUGCGUAAACUCGAAGAGCGUCGCGAGAAGGAGACACGGAAACUACUCCUCCGCCAACAGAAGGAAGCAGAUAAGAAUCAGCUUGCCAAAGCACAACGCGAGCGGGACGAGUAUAAGCAGCGCGUGGAAAUACUGGAGCAGGAGAACAAGUUGCUUAAGGAACAGAUUGGUGACCUGCAACACGAGAACACGACGCUCGUAUCUCGUUUGGGAAAGACUGCGGAAGGCAUUGAGAUCUUGAGGUCGAUCAAGGAAGGAGAUAAGGGUAGGAUGAGGGCAAGCUCAAGAACGAGCGUGAGCUCCGGGAUGAGCGGAACGAGGAGCAAAGGUUCGAGUGCUUCGUCAAACACGCUGCCUAGGGCUGGUACAACCAACUUUUGAGCCCGAGUAUGGGUAACAGGCGCUGCUGCCUUUUCUUUUCUUCCCUUUAUCUUUCCUAUGAAGUACUAUUAGCGAGUAAGCAAGGCGUAGUUCAAAUGCGGGCUAUGGAUUUCCAGAGGCAGCACCAAAAUCGACACAAAUAAUUGUCAAGUAGCGAACUCGAAUGAGGAAUCAAACAAUGAGUUGAUGUAAGUUGAA